AUGAAAUCCUCGACCAAUUGGAAACAUAUUUGUUCCUACUGCAAUAGAGCCUUUUCAAGGUCUGAACAUAAGGCAAGACAUGAAAGGUCGCACACAGGAACAAAACCUUAUGAAUGUAAAGUGUGUCUGAGAGAGUUUGUUAGACGUGAUUUAUUACAGAGACAUAUUAGAACUGUUCACAAAUCUUUGUUGUUAUCAAAAGCGUCAAAACGACAAGAUCAUGGUAAUAACAAUAAUAUUAGUAGUAGUAAUAACAACAAUGACGAUUCCGUUAAAGAAAAAUCUAAUGAUAAUAAUAGCAAUAAUUCAAAGGAAGAUUUGUCUGCAAUUUCUGAAAAAAUGGUUAACUCACUAAAUAAAAGAAAUUUCUCAAAUUCAAAUUUGAUUACUUUAAAAUUUCAACCAUAUGGUUCAAAAGGUUAUAAUGAAAUUAUAUCUCCAUCACUUUCCAAAAAUAAAAGCUUUAAAAGGAAAAGUUAUUUAGUAGAACUACAACGAUGCAUUACUAUGAACAAUGAAAGAUUACAAGUCCCAAUUGAUUCUCUCUCAACUUUCUAUGACAGGGGUUUAACAGAGCUAAUGAAUUCAUUACCCAAUCAUAAUUUUAACGUCAACUCAAAAGAAAUUGUAUUUGUACUAAUAUGCAUAGGAUCAAUGAUAACCUAUGAUCCACAGUUCAAUGACAUUUGGAAUGUUACUUGGUAUUCAUUCUUAAUUUCAGAUGUUAAAGAUGCACAGCCUAAUAAAAAUUUUAUUCCUAUGACAGUUUUGUUAUACCUAACGCUUUCGAUCGAAUUUUCUCUAAAUAUAUGUGAUGAAACAAAGUCAAAAAUAGCAUACACUGAAUAUUAUAAAAGAUUGACUUAUUCGAUAUCGAACAAUCAAACCUAUAAUGCCGAAGAGUUAGAACUAAUGUUACAUAUAUUUUCAAAGUUAAUCAGAAUCCUUGAUGUAAGGACAAAUGACGACUCAAAUUCACAAAUCUUAUAUAUAUAUAACUGGUUCAUGAACCAGAAACUUUCCGAUAAUGGUGAAACCUUGAUCUAUUAUAUGAAGCAUUUCCUUUCUAUAAGCAAUGUUGUAUUACCCAUAAGAACACUAAACCUUCUGACCGAUGCCUUUUAUUGUGAAUUCUUAUUACAAUAUCCAAACUUCCAAAACAUUAUUGAAUACAAUACGUCUAUUAUAUUAUUAUUAAAAAUGCAUAUACAUCUGAUAAAUGGUCAAAAAUCAAACAUUCAAUUAGAGUCUUCGAUUGAGAAAUUCUUUUCGACAUUAUCCAUUAAGACAAUUUCUCAAAGAUUUUGGGUCUUAUUAGAAAUUUGUUGGUUAGAUUUCUUAAAAUACUACAGUAUCCUAUCGAAUUCAACUCCAGAUUCCAAUUGGUUGCUAUUCAAAAGUCCAGAAGAACUUUCGCUUUAUGAAAGUAUUGAUAUUGGGAAACUUACUGAUAAUUUUAUUAUUCCGACAUUAGUAGUACUCUCUAUUUUCAAUUCUCAAGAGAAGAAUUUUAUUACAGAAAGAAUGCUACCUUUGGUAAUGGAUGUGAUUGAAUUUCAAGUAAAACUAUUUGCUUCUGAAAUUAAUAAGAUUGCAAAUGGCAUAGAUUUAACUGUAUCACUAAACGAUUGUACUUUAAAGCUAUUAUUUUCAGCUUGGACAAAUAUUUUAUAUCAAGAAAGAACUAAUAAUGGUGAAAAGGAUUCUGAUGAAUUAUUAAUUGUUGGGAAUUUUGUGACAACCUUUAUUCAAAACUCAUUUAAUGGAAAGACGAUGAAUCAUGCAAAUGCCUCUUUGUCAUAUCAUUAUUUCAUACGUGCAAUAAUGAAAAAUUUGAAAGCAAAUAUCUUAAUGGACAAAUUAAUAACUUCAAAUAAUGAAUUUACUCAAGAGUCUAAAUCGAUACUAAUUCGAAUUUGGGAGAAUUUGCAAUCAAUUAUAAAGCAAUAUUGGAACCCUCCGAUAAUACCACCUUCUGUAGAUGCUAACGUUAUUAUAGAAAAGGAAAGAACGUUAUCAAGUCCGACAGCAUCAAACGCAGAAGAUUUUGAACCGAAAAGUAUUAAAAUUAUUUUGCCGUUACCAACAGCUAUGAAUCUUGAGCCAUCGGGUUCACAAAGUACAUAUAUACCGUCCAUCAAUCAUGUACCUCAAUUGCAAAGUGUUGGUAUGGGAUAUGGGCAAAGCUCUAAUUCUCUAAGUGUUAAUUCGAAUAGUUUGAUUAGGAGUACUUCCUUUCUUGGAAAUCCUUUAACGCCUGUAUCUAUGGAAAAACAACAGAUAAGCAUGUUUGACAGUGAAGCUAAUAAAUCUGUAACCAACGGUUUAUCGAUAAAUUAUACCGGAAACCAAAGUAAUCAAUUUCAGUAUUUGAACAUUAACAAUAGCAUUAAUACAAAUAGUACCAGUAUCCCUGCAUCAGUAGGUCAUAACAAUAAUCAAAAUGGACGUUUACCUUCGACGACAGAGUUAUUUGGUGAUUGCAUAGAAUAG